UUUCACCGACGUUCUUGACGAAUUUUGUCUGUCCACUGCGUCUUCUUUAAAAAACGAAACAUUGCAUUAGGUUUAAAAUUUAAACUAAAUACGUUUUUAGUAAAAUUAUAUUUUAUAAUUUGCUACUUCAUAUUACGAACUCUGGUAUGAUAAGGUCAAGAAUUAUUUCAAAAUGGCCGCGCACGUAAUUUGUAGUCGGGCGGCAUGGUUCACAAGGAAAAUACCGAUUUCCGCCUCGGUCUUCAAAGUUCAGAAUAUCCGCACUCUACUGUCUGAUGCCUACUACUGCAAUGAAACCUGGCAACACAGAAAUGUGCUUCCCUGCUCUAUAGGUGAGCUGACCCAAAAAAUUGAAGGAAAAUUCACAUCCAAAGAAGCACACAAACAUCCAGUAGCAUCAGUGGAUAUUGACACUUAUAUUAAUCACAUUGAAAACAUCGAUCAGUUGAAUCAAGCCAAAGAUUUUUUAUACAAGUAUAGACGUUCUCCAGUAGCAUUUUAUUUCAAAUCAUACACAGCCAAUACGUGGGUUAGAGCAUGUUUACAGUUAGAUGCACUGGAUGAAGCCAUUACUACAGUACAGGAUAAGGUUCAUUACGGUUUAUUUCCUGAUAACUACACAUUUAAUUUACUUCUCGACUCCUAUCUUAGAAAUGAAGAUUAUCAAAAUGCUGCCAAAGUUGCCAUGGAAAUGAUGACACAGGAAGUUUUAUCGCCAACACAGAGACUGUCACAACUAUUAGCGCUGUAUGCUUGUCAUCAGUAUAUGAAAUCUCAUGCAACAAUGGAGGAUGACAUAAACAAACAGCUUGGAAUGACUCUAAUUGACUGUACCCUGGGUCAGGACAGCACAAUAGCUCGGACCGUUUGUCUCAUUGGCCAUACUAUGGUAGGGGAUAUAGACAAGACUUGUAAAAUUAUCAAGACCUUUUUAAGUAUGAAUUCAACAUCAUGUGUUUUGACUGAAGCAAUUGACAGAGUUACAGAAACAUUUCUAAAACAACAACAACAAAAUGAAAGUGAAGAGGACUCUGUAAUAAUAUAUGAUGUGGAAGGAGAGAUUAAAACAAGAGAUUCUUUGCGAGAGCUUGUCAGAAAACUAUCAGAAUUCAGUACUUCAGAUGAGAAACUGAAUGACAUCAUAGAACCAUAUAUAACAAGUCAAUUAAGUGAGCUUGAGCAAACAGAUAUUGAUUCCUAUCCUCAGUUAUUGGAAGAAUAUUACCAAGAUGCGAAAAAUAGUGUGGAACGACUGAAAAAUGCGAGAGAAACAAGGCUAGCCGAGAUGAGAGCUAAGGAGAGAAAAAUUUGGGAACUGAUGAUCGGCACACCAGGAAGACCAUUAAGACCACCAGUAAUGACCGAGAGGGACAAACAGAUUAUUACUAAACAAGAAAAAUAUAUUUAUGUAGAUUGAGACACAGUUAUUUAAAUGUUGUACACUUCAUCAAGUUCUCACAAAAUUCAUUCUACUGCAGAAAAAAGGAGCACUGCAACAUGUGCCAUUUCUUAUUUCAAUAUUAAAACCAUGAAAUGCACUACUGGUAUUAUGCAAU